AUGAAUCUGUUGGCUAGAACAAAAUAUGAGCCUUUGACUCCAGUGAAUACAGCACCUGAGAGUCUCUUUAAGGUGAAAUAUUCAGUGAGUAACACUCUGACGCCUACAAAUCAUGUUGGGAGGUCUCCUAUUAACAUUCCGUCUAACCAUCAUGGUUACCACAGAAUGAAGUAUUACUCUGCGUUAAAAACAGGGCUGAAACAUUUAGGAGAAAGGAUGAAUUACUUAGAUACUCCUAUGCAUGUAAUCGACCCGAACUGGAUCUUACUGCCUCAUAAAAGCCAAGGCUCAAUAAUCACUAUUUUCAGUAUCAUGAAUUGCUUAAUUGGCUCGAGCUUGACAAGUCUUCCAUGGGCUUACUCCCAAUCUGGUCUGUUACUGGGAAUCGGAGUCACAAUAGCACUGUUUCUUAUCAGUUUUUAUACAUGCUAUUUGGUUAUUCUUGUAGCUCAUGAAGAUAACGACUAUGCAGAUACUGUAUACAAAUAUUUUGGAAAUAAGGGAUGGGUCCUCACUAUGCUAGGAUCAAUCUUAUUUAUCUAUGCUGCAUGUAAUGUAUACUUCGAGCUAAUGUCGCAAGCUCUCUAUCCUGUCAUUGAAGGUAUCAUCCAAUGGAUCAGUUCUACAGAAGGAGAGGUCUCACUGGCUUUCACAUUGAAAGAGUUUUCUCUAGCGUAUUCAUGACUAAUCCUUUCCGUGAUUCUCUUCCUAAUGUGAAGCUUUGGAAGUAUUGACGUAUUCAUUAAGCUUAACUCCUUUGGGACUGCUUGAAUAGUCUUCAUCAUCUUCUUCAUUCUAUAUUAUGGAGUAACUGCUUUGACAACGACAAGUUUUGUAUUUGAAGCAGGAUUUCAGAGCUCUUUGGAUACCUCGAAUCUACUUUUGAUAAACACUAACUUCGCACCACUGGCAGGUAUGCUUACUAUCGGUUACUGACUACACAACGUGAGCCUGCCAAUCCUUAAAAACAACAAGAACAAGCAGAAUAAUGUGAGGGACUUAUUCUGUGGGUAUCUCUCGACUUGUAUCUGCUACAUAUUCAUCGGCACGCUUGGAUAUAUUGGGUUUAGCCAAGAUGUUGAGUACAACCAGAACUGUCUGAAUAUUUUCCCUCCCAAACACGUCUUUGCCUUCAUUGCAAGAAUAGUGAUAUUCAUACAGCUAAUUAUGAUAUAUCCGCUACUGUAUCACAUAAUGAGGAUGCAGGUCUCUUUACUUUUGUUUCAGAAAGAAACCAUGAGUCGAGCAGUGUCAAUCAUGAGCAAUGUGAUUCUCAUUGGAUUUAAUAUGAUCUUGGGCUCGGUAUAUCCACAAGUAGGAUCGAUGAUUGGGCUUUUUGGGUCAAUUUUAGGCCUGAAUCUUAUGUACAUCAUUCCUAUAUCAGUUUACCUCAAGAGAUACCUCUUGGAGAUUUCUAAUCCAGGACUUGUUGAAGCACUUGAUUUUAACAGAAUAAAGACAGCUGGAGGAUUCAAAAAUGGGGGUCCAAAAUCAUCAGUUUCUCCUCAGUUACUAGUCAGGACACAAACUCCUGGGUACUCUUCCGUACAAAAAGCUAACAGUAGCGACUCUAGCUCCGAAGAGGGCCAUAAAAACAAGGCUCUUCGGGAGCAAAUCAACAUGUUUCGAUCAAGAAUCCAAGAAAGGAGAGUUUUCCAGAACCGGAGGAAACAAGUGACACCUAACUUUACAAGGUUUUCCAAGCCACAGGAGAUUACUUCCUCAAUCUGUUCGAACCGGCUACAGCCAGCAGAGGAACACCAGCUCAGCCGGAAAGAGUACCUGAGAUUCUACCUGACGUGCUUCCUGCAUGGCUGCUUGGUUUUGGUCGGAUUGGCUAUUUCUGUACUUCAGUUUGUGAAAAUUUAGCAAA